AUGUCCCGCUACCCGCGCCCCCCCAAUACUUCUCUUUUCGUCAGGAACGUGGCCGACUACACCAGAUCUGAAGAUUUAUGGCGUGAAUUUGGUCGUUAUGGUCCUAUCGUCGAUGUGUACGUUCCACUUGAUUUCUACACUCGACGGCCAAGAGGAUUUGCCUAUGUACAAUUUGAGUAUGUUUGUGAUGCUGAAAAUGCUUUACAUAAUUUGAACAGAAAAUGGAUUUGUGGACGUCAAAUUGAAAUACAGUUUGCACAGAGGGAUCGAAAGACGCCAAAUCAAAUGAAAGCCAAGGAAAGGAGAAAUGUGUACAGUUCUUCACGCUAUGGUGAUUAUGACAGAUACAGACGUUCUAGAAGCCGAAGUUAUGAAAGGAGGCGAUCAAGAAGUCGGUCUUCUCAUUACAACUACAGAAGGUCUUAUAGCCCUAGAAACAGUAGAUCUACUGGAAGACCACGGCAUAGCAGAAGUCAUUCCGACAAUGACAGAUUCAAACACCGAAAUCGAUCUUUUUCAAGAUCCAAAUCCAAUUCAAGAUCACGGUCCAAGUCCCAGCCCAAGAAAGAAAUGAAGGCUAAAUCAUGUUCUAGGUCUGCAUCUCACACCAAAACUAGAGGUACCUCCAAAAAAGAUUCCAAAACACGUUAUAAAUCUGGCUCAAGAUAUGAAAAGGAAUCAAGGAAGAAAGAACGACCUCGAUCCAAAUCUCAGUCAAGAUCACAGUCUAGGUCCAGGUCAAAAUCUAGAUCAAGGUCUUAG